AUGGAGAUCGACGAUGCUAAAAAGGUUUUUGGAACUAUGGUCUUUCGUGGUCGUGGGUUUAAGGCAAUGGAGAGUGGGCUCGUGGUGUUGUGCAAGGGAGGAAGAAAGUGGCUAUCUACUCAAACCACCCCGAGUGAGCCAUUCUCCGAUCUAGAGUUCAACCAGAUUUUGCAAAUUGGAGGCUUUAAGAUUAUGGAGAGUGGUAGUUGGAUUAAGGGGUGA